CAUCAGAAUAAGUUCUAAACAAUAAGCCUGGUUUUCAUGACAAAAAAAGUCUUACCUUCUGCAGUGCGCUCAUUCCCAGGCAUGAGAUUCGCAGUACAUCUCAGAAUACAGGAAAUAUCAAAAGCAUGAGCAACAGGCCGGGUUCAUUAAGGCAGCCUUCAAUUGAAUGAAGCAGGCUGUGUUACUUCGAAGAAGCAAACUUGUUGUUCCCUUGAUCGUUUUAGGGGCAGCAACCUACAUAGACUACGCAUCGUGCUAUAUCGUGGCAUGGAAAGAGGUCUAUCAUCGCCGCCUGUCCGCGUCCGCUAUUGUGUUUUGGGUAUUGUUGGCGAUUUUCCACGUCCUUUGUUUGUUCUACUGGGCUCUAAUAUUCAUUCGCGGGCCAGGGCAUAUACCCAAAUUCCAAAAUUUCAAUUUAUAUCAGUCUCAAGAGAAGGGCACCGCUCCUGUGCCUGAUGUCUUUGUCUGUGACGAGCAAGGGUUCCCCUUCUGGUGUUCAAAAUGUCAAAAUCUCAAGCCAGAUAGAUCCUUCCAUCUGACUGAUCUCAAUACGUGUGUUCCUCGGUUCGAUCACUUUUGCCUCUGGAUAGGCACUGCUAUCGGUAGAGACAAUUUCAUACCUUUUAUUAAAUUCUUGCAGUCGUUGCUUGCUUAUGUUACUAUUGUCCUAUGUUUUGCCGCAGUUUACACACGUUCUUCUCUACGCCAUGACCAUAGCAACCUUCCUCAUUUUAUUGUAUUAUUUGUUCUUUCUGCAUUUGGUACCAUUUUCACGUUGUCUCUUCUAAUAGGAACGGUAAAAUACACCUUUACCAACUCCACGUCUUUCGAUGAGAUCACAAGAAGACAAGCAAUGACUUACAGAAGAUGGCUAGGAAAACAAAGGAAUGUAAAUUCAAGGUAUACAUGGUGCGUUGGUAAGACACCCCGGGUGGAACUGGGCAUACGCUUUGUCAAUAUUGCUCACGAAGGAACGAGAAAAGUCGUUUCGUACACAUUUGAUGACAACCCGUAUUCAAAUGGGUUCAAAGUCAAUUUGAUAAACAUGUGUCUAAACAAAAAUUACAAUGUUAAUCUUACCCGAGAUAUUGCGGGCCUGUUGCGUUUAAUGAAAUCGAGUUUAGUUGCAAUUGUGCCUUUUGCAGAAUUCUUCAUUGCAACCAGUGCGAGGGACAAGACUUUGGCGAGCUUUCAACAAAACUCGGAUGAGUUCAGUCCCGAGUUCAUGCAAAAGAUGUUAGAUAAGAUAGAGAAAAAAGAGUUCAAGCAUGCUCUGUACGUUGCUCCAAUCAUUCAUGACCUGAAGUGAGACUUUUUUGUCAUA